AUGGAAAUCCGUCCGGGUCCACGUUUUGGCCUUCCUUUGGAUCUGGCUCUUCAGCGAGUGGCUGAAAUUGCGGCUUCUGAGGAGCUCCGCAAGGCGGUUGGGGCUGACUAUGCUGAUCUUUUUCAGUUCCGAGUUCAACACACACAAUUUGCCGAGAUUGAGGAUGCAAAGAGCUCGGAGCUACAUUACGAGCUGGUGCGACAUGCCAUCAGCCUACAGAAUGCCGUCGAUGACCUAGAAGAAGAAUGCGUUCUUUCUGAGUCUUCCGAUGGCGAGGACAGCUGGGGCGCUGGCAUCGCAGUGGCCAAAGCAAUUGCUGCAUCUCUGGCAGCUUUUGCAGCCUUUCUGGGGAACAAAGAUGCGGUUGAUGACCCUUUAAUGCACUUUGUCGACCAGCUGAGUAUCGAUCUGGAUUCCUUCUCGACCAACCUGUUCGGUGGCCUCUGUAGGCUUGAUACAGAUGGAAUCUGCAGUGGUGAGCUACAAAGUGCUUUGCAAUCGAUUUGUUUGUGGGCUGUGACAAUUGUUGUGCACGCUGUGGGCCACCGACAAACAUCUCUAAUUCUAUGGGAGUGGGUUGGGAAAGAUCCAUUGUGGGCUUGUGUGCUGGUCAAAGGGUUUUUGAGCGCUUUCUUGGACUUCGAUGUAGAGGAGCAGCCGGUGGCAAUGACAGAAAUCAAGGAGAAUGUCUUGGAGGCGUUUGCUGGCCUGGCAUCUCCACGUAUUGCAUUCGCUACCCAGGCAACCAGCGAAUGUAUUUCUGCCAGCAAUGAGGAACUGAUACGACACCACGGUUGUUUGGCCAUUGCUUUGAACAGCAGCGGCAUGGUCCAGGUUCUUCUAAAAGCUGAAAAUUCGCUUUGCCGCUUUGCCUCCUUUUUGGCGACAUUGCUACAACCCGAACUUCUUGCUGACGAUUCGAGGAAUUGGUCAAGUCAACGGGCUGCCACACUGGUUUUACUAGGUGGAGAUUCUCCAACAGCUUUGAGAACUACCAGACAGGCAAAGGCCGCAGCUGUUUCGUUACGUGCCGAGAUUGAGACUCACAAAGUCGAACUGUGGAGAAAGCUCAUUCGUGAGUUUUCUGCUUUGCGCUUUGAAGUUCAAGCGUCUGUUCUGCGAAACUGCGUGCAACUGUCCUAUUUUCUUCCGCUUGAUAUGGAGUGUUUGCAAGAGUUGGUCUCGGAGGCGCUGUAUUUUACAAGCCCCAAUGGGUCAGCAAAUGAUGCUGCGUUGCUCGUCACGCUAUGCUUUGUCGCAGCCAACAGUGGAGCAUAUCCGGAGGAUUUUCCGAACCUUGUCUUUGUUGUCAGCGGCACUUCUUCUGAAGUGAAGACUUUGAUGGAUUCAAGAUGGGAGCGAUGGCUGUGGCAGGGGUGCUGCCAGAUGGACAUUUUGGCACAGUGGAUUGUAGACUUGGAGCUGUCCAAGAUGUUCCAGGAAGGCGCUUCUCAAAGCGUUGAGCACCUCGAGCCAAGUGAAACUGAAAUGGAUCUACACCGUCUACACAAAGGUGACCAGAAAGUUGAUCCUUCAUCUCCUCUGAAGAUGAGACUGCAGGAUCUGGUACUUGAUGCCCCGAAUCAGUUCCAAUGUGCGAUCAGUGCACAGCUCAUGAUGGAUCCGGUCCAAACACCAGAGGGCUUUGUGAUGGAGCGGAGUGUGUUGGCAGACGCGCUGAAUGCUUCAGGUGGCCUGUGCCCUCUUUCAGGAAACCGCUUGAUCUUGACCGACUGUCCUCGGCAGCCAGAUCUGCGUCGCAGGCUAAGAUUGCUUGCCGCCAAUGAAAAUGCAGCGCAGGAUGAGAACUUGGUGCAGGUGCUCAGUUCAAACGUGGCAAGCGGUAGAUACUCAUCUGGGAAAAGUGCCCGAUGCGACCUUGCUGGCAAUGCUGCCAGCCAGACCGAGAUCGAUCAAACUCAUUUGUGCCAUGUUCAGAUGACUGGGGCCGAGCCGGCCGACGAAUGCGAACCAACUGGCGAACAACUUGCAGCCAUGCGGGACCGCAUUGUCAAAAGGGGGGCGUCCCCGUAUUCCGACUUCAGCAUUCUGACCCCUUACAGUCGGACAAUGCAGAAGCAGCGGAAGACCUGGUCGCUGAUGCAACAGGAUGGAACAUUCAAGGUCGUGAUGCAAAGUCUCGAGGAAUAUUUCGAGCGGAUCAGCAAAUUGAACGCCGACUAUCCAGAAACAUGGCAUCUCAUGAUGAGAGCAGAAGACAAAUGUCGAUCCGAGAUGUUCAAGCGCUAUCGGACCAUCGUGCUCACAACUGCCAGAUGUGCCUCGGAAGGCAUCCCAACUCCGAAUGCCCACAGCGAAAAAGUGGUGGUGGAAAAGGCAAGGGGAAGUCAGGAUUCAAGACCUGACGCCAACGUUUCACAAGGGCAAGGAGGUCAGAUCACCUGGCCAACGUCCCAACACUCCGGUCAGAUUCCAAACCGGAGGGUUGGGGCCACCCAAAGUCAGAAGAAGGAAACAAAAUGCUGGAGAGUGCUGGCCUUGGUGCAGAUCAUUCGAGAAGCAGGGGGCGCCUUUUCUUUGGAAAAUCCAGAAUCCUCCUUUGCGUGGUUGAUGCCAAAGAUGAUAAAACUCCUCCAGGUGCCCGACGUGAAAACAGUGGGGCACAAACACCAAAAGCCUACUGCCAUCGUGACUUCGGCAAGUUGGAUGCUGCAAGUCAAACUCAGGUGCGGCGAUGUCCGUCCUCACUAUCACGUUCCAGGAGGGCUCCAAGGUUUGUCUUGGGACCCGGUUUCAGAAGAAUAUGUAUGGCUCACCUCCAAGGCCGCAGAGUACCCUUGGGGCUUGUGCGAUGCUUGGGCUGCGGCUUUGCAAGGCUGGUUGUGCAGUGCCGACGGAGAGCUUUGGCUACGACGGCGCACCUUGUACAAGACCGGGCCAAACCAAUUGGUUCGCUUGGAGCAGUCGGAGCCGGAUGCCUCUGCCAAACCAACUCCUGCAAUGCAGCGCUCCAAAGCAGAACUGCGGGAGGAAGAAAAUCUAAGGUGCACAGGAGGUCUUCGGGACCCGCGCCGUGCAGUGGCCAAAAGUCCAUCUUAUCAGCAGGUUGGAAGGAGGAUUCGGCAGGCCUUGGACCUGUGUGUGUCAGAGGCAGCUCUUCUUCGGUUCGAAGCCGGCGAGGAGAUUGAGGAUGCACUGGUUCAACAGGCCAGACAAGCUUUGCAUGCUGAAUUUGAAGUUAAUGAAGUUUCAAAUGACGAGGGGUACCACACAGAGCUCCUCAAGUCCAUGCUUCACUGUGCAAGUGAUGCGGAUGCCGUGACCCCACCGAAUGGUUGGAGCAAGGGGUUGGUAGAGACUGGUCGUGCAGACAAGGUAAGCACUUGGGAAGAGGUGGUGGCCCUGGUCGGCCCGCAAGCCAAACUAAUGAUCUUCGAUGUCUCCCUUUCUGCGCAGGAAUUGUUUAAGAUCAAGACACCCUAUGAACAACUUGAAUUCCUGGUCAUAGACUUUUCAGACGUAGGCCCAGUUUCUGUGAUUUGCUUGGACAAAUCCACAGUCACGGCCCACGGCCCCUUGGACCUCAAUCCUGGCCCCAAUCCAAUCAACCGACUGACCACGCUGGGAUUUGUGCCAGGCCAACUUGAAACCAAGUUCAAAAGUUCCAUGUGGCAGCGGCGUGGCAACGGCAAGGGCAAGUUUGACCUCGUUGCAACAUUGCGCGGUUUUGUUCACACUGUAUCAGCCGUUUUGAAGUCAGCUGUGUAUAGAGCAGCGAGCUCUUACCUGACUGAAGCGGUGCAGUGGCACAAGAGAUCUGGUUUUGUCAUGGGUGAAGUGCUUGAGAGUGGCAUAGCUGAUGCAAAACGUUCGCCAGUUCGAGCCAUUGGUGCACCUCGGAAAGCUGCAGAGGUGAAACUGGAGUGGCUGGAAGCAUUGUUUGCUCGAGGACAAGUGGCUCGUUUGAACAUUUGUGCAGAUAGUGAGUUGGCGUCAAAUGUUCCCUUAGUUGGCAGAUAUGAUGAUCCUAGUCGAGUCAUGUCGAAGGCUGACUUGAUGGAAGCUUUUAGGAUAUCCUUGAAGCACUGUCGGGCCUUGUUGCCUGCCUCCGCGGCAGUGAUGAAAGCGAACGGAAAGACUUUCUACCGCAGGAGUCCUGGAGCUAUGUCCAUCAGCAUCAGGCCAGUGACAGAGCUUUGCGGCUUGAUUAAGCCGCGAGUCACCGCAGAAGAGGAUGCUGACCUCGCGAAGGCUGCUGAGUCCUCGCUUGCAGCCGGAGGGAAUGAGGCACCGCCUUUCCUGGCUAUGUGCAAGUUCCUUGCCUUUCGAGCUCUUGGAGAUGUAGAUCCAGCAGAGAGGCUGCUUGUGCAGGAGAAGGUAUUAGCAAGAGCUGGAAUGCCACCGCUAGCAGCAGGAUUUACAUGGGAUGACCUUGCCCGAGCACUGUCUUUCCUGAUAAAGCUCGCAGAAGCCGAGGGUCUGGAAGCUGCAGUUGAGGAUAGCAAGUCUGGAAUGCCUGCAGCAAAGAAGCCGCGCUUGGCUGGGGAAGGAGCAGCCGGAGCAGCUGUGUUCCUGGUGAUGCUGGACUACAUCCUUAGCACAGCAAUUGAAGGUAAACCCUUCACCGUCACGGAUGAGAUCGUGGACGGCGUGACUUGUUUGGAGCUCGCACUUCGUGGACUUCAUCUUGCAGCAGCUCUCUCCAAAGGUCACGAUGUUCUUGGUGCUGUGAUCAAGAGAGCAGAGGCUCUCCUGUUGGGAGGCAGUUCUUGCUUACGUGGAGGGCGCAACGGCAACAAAAUGAGAAGACUUGGCGCCCGUGUUCUGGGUGCCCUGGCCAAACAAACACCAGGGACAGCCACUGUCUGGCUUCAGCAGCUUGAUGCCUCUCUUGGUGAUGCAAGUCCAGAAAAGCGAGCGGCAGCCGCUCUUUCUGUCUGUGAACUUCUGCGCGAAGGAGUCACUACAGCCGAGCCUGCCAAGAUGUGCCAGAAGGUUCUUUCCUUUUUGAUUGCUCCACAAAUAGAUCCAGACAGCGCUGCGCUGACCGCCGCUUGUGAUGGACUUCGGCGCUUGAG